UUCCGGCUUUGUGUGCCGCAGCUCAGUUUCCGUUUGGGUAUGUUGAAACUGCUUGGUGGAGGAGGGGGUAACGGGGUCGGGAAGACUAGGUGGCAGGGAAAGUCUUUUCAGAUAGAACAGUAUAACGUGACUGUGGAGGACAUCUUAGCCGAAGCUCUAGUGAAGUGGUAUUCAAGACUACCACAGUAUGCUCAUCCUCAUCAGCAAGAAAACUUUGAAAAUCAGCCGGAACCUCUUAGUGGUGCUCUUGUCGCCAGGAAAGCCUUGUCAGACUCUCCCCACUCGGUGACCUACUUGGCCUCCUCCAUACUCAAGAUAUCCCCUGACGUCUAUGAGGUCCUCAUUCUCCUGGAGCUUUAUACAGGUCAGAAUAUAUAUAUAUCGAACGGAGUUAUGUAGUGCAGAGCAGACAAAUCCGCACAUGCACAGCGCCUGUUUCCAGGCGACUGAAAUUCGAAUGAGCGUGA